CCGGGAGGUUUGACAGUGGCGGCUGGCUAAACGCUCUCAGAACUCCAUUCCCCGCCGGCCAUCGCGGCCUAGACUGUUGCCUCUUCCUGAUCAGGGGACAAGAAGCCCGGCUGCGGACUGACUUCUCCAGUGCUUAGAGUCUGAGAAAAAUGGCAAAUAUGAAUAGUGAUUCUAGGCAUCUUCUCAUCCCUGAGGUAGAUCAUGAAAUAAAUCCUGGACCUAUGAAUAUCCAGUUUGAUUCAUCAGAUCUGAGAUCCAAAAGGCCUUUCCAUAUAGAGCCCACAAACAUCGUCAAUGUGAAUGAUGUCGUUCAGAGGGUUAGCGACCAUGCCUCUGCCAUGAACAAGAGGAUUCAUUACUACAGCCGGCUCACCGCUCCUACAGACAAGGCACUGAUUGCCCCAGAUCAUGUAGUUCCAGCUCCAGAAGAGUGCUAUGUAUAUAGUCCAUUGGGUUCUGCUUAUAAACUUCAAGGUUACAAUGAAGGAUAUGGUAAAAACACCAGUUUAGUAACCAUUUUUAUGAUUUGGAAUACCAUGAUGGGAACAUCUAUACUAAGUAUUCCUUGGGGCAUAAAACAGGCUGGAUUUACUACUGGAAUGUGCGUCAUCAUGCUGAUGGGCCUUUUAACCCUUUAUUGCUGCUACAGAGUAGUGAAAUCACGAGCUAUGAUAUCUUCAGUGGAUACCACUACCUGGGAAUAUCCAGAUGUCUGCAGAUAUUAUUUUGGCUCCUUUGGGCAGUGGUCGAGUCUCCUUUUCUCCUUGGUGUCUCUCAUUGGAGCAAUGAUAGUUUAUUGGGUGCUUAUGUCUAAUUUUCUUUUUAAUACUGGAAAGUUUAUUUUUAAUUUUAUCCAUCACAUUAAUGACACCGACACUGUGCUGAGAACCAAUGAUAGCAACCCUGUGAUUUGUCCAAGUGCCGGGAGUGGUGGCCAGCCUGACAACAGCUCUGUGAUUUUCUAUGCCAAUGACACGGGACUCCAACAGUUUGAAAAGUGGUGGAAUAAGUCCAAGACUGUGCCCUUCUACCUCAUAGGGCUCCUCCUGCCACUGCUGAAUUUCAAAUCCCCUUCAUUUUUUUCAAAAUUUAAUAUCUUAGGUACAGUGUCCGUUCUCUAUUUGAUUUUCCUUGUCACCUUGAAGGCUAUUCGCUUGGGAUUUCAUCUGGAAUUUCAUUGGUUUGUGCCAACAGAAUUUUUUGUACCAGAGAUAAGAUUUCAGUUUCCACAGCUGACUGGUGUGCUUACCCUUGCUUUCUUUAUUCAUAAUUGUAUUAUCACUCUGUUAAAGAACAACAAGAACCAAGAAAACAAUGUAAGGGAUUUGUCCAUUGCUUAUAUGUUGGUGACAUUAACUUACCUCUAUAUUGGAGUCCUGGUUUUUGCGUCAUUUCCUUCACCACCAUUAUCCAAAGAUUGUAUAGAACAGAAUUUUCUAGACAACUUUCCUAGCAGUGACAUCCUGUCCUUCAUUGCAAGGAUCUUCCUGCUGUUCCAGAUGAUGACUGUAUACCCACUCCUAGGCUACUUGGCUCGCGUCCAGCUAUUGGGCCAUGUCUUCGGUGACAUUUAUCCUAGAUAUUCAGGAGCGGCAUGCGGCCUGGCCUUUGUAUUCAUAUAUCCAUCUCUCAUCUAUAUAAUUUCCCUACACCAAGAAGAGCGUCUGACAUGGGCGAAAUUAAUCUUUCAUGUUUUCAUCAUCAUUUUGGGCCUGGCUAACCUAAUUGUUCAGUUUUUUAUGUGAAACACUCGACAGUGUUCUCAAGAUCUUUCAUGGGAUUUUGAACUUUGACACCAGUUCCACAUAAAUUCUCUUGUAAAUGCUGUUGUUGCUGUAAUUCUAAAUGUUUUCCUAAGAUAAUUUGAAAACAAGGGAAAUAGUGAUCCAUCAAUAAGUAAUGUCAGUUAGAGUGGGGAAAGGGACAAUAAGAAUGAUCUUUGUCCUUACCUUUUUCAUAUUCACUCACCUCUUUAUUCUCAUUGUCUUUUCUGAGUAGAAAUAUUUGCCCUUAGGAAAAAUCAUGCUGUGGGUUGGUAGAUAUAAGGUGGGUGGGUUUAUUUUAGCUACAAUAAAGAUUCUCAGGGUGUCACACAGGAGGGUAUGGCCAGAUCCUGUUUCUGUUUUAUGUUUCGAUAUAUUCACUUUAAUUUUACUUGCUAGACCAUUUUUGCAGGUUGCCCAAACCUUUACUGUUUGGGACAGUAAAUCAGAUACCUCAUUUAAAAAAAAAAAGGUCUCCAUGACAUCAGUGUUAAUAGAGUGAAUUUUUAACUAUGUCCUCAAUCUCUAUUAGGAAGGAAGGAAGGAAAGAAGGAAGAGAGGGAGGGAGGGAGGAAGGAACCUUGUCAGUACAGGCCCCAUAGUCAUGAAAAGUAUAUAAAAUAAGUGAACUAGGAGAGUUUGUUGCUGUCUGACUUCUCUUUUGUUUCUAAUCCAGUACCAGUGACUUAGGUUGAAAUUCUAGUUUCCUGGCCAGAUUUUGCAUAGGGACAAGUGUGACUGGGGGGUGUCUUUUGCUUUUCGGAUUUCUGAGCAUUGAAUAGGAUGUCAUGAUAGGACCAGAGAGGAAGAAUGUAGGAAGCAUGGCAGAGAGGGAUACAUGAGACCCUACAAGGGAGACAGGAAGUAGAGAGGGGGCCAGGAAAAGUGAGGGGUGGAAGUGGUUUCUUUACUACAGGAAAGGAUUAAUUCUGUCUGAGGUAUGACUUCUGAAGGAGACCUACCACCCCCCUACUUCUGUAACCGGCAGGGUAGAGGUUAAAUCCCAAAAGAAAGCUCCUUGGAUCUGAGGAAAGGAUUAGGGAACCUGAAUUCUUGGUAUUAACAGUCUCCUCUCUUUCAUUCAAACUACAACUAAACCAGAAUCACAAUGCAUGUCUCCCAUGUAACCACCUCAGUGUUCUACUGAAAAAGUUAGAUUUCUCUAAUUUCAGGCUUACAUUAAAAAGCCUAUUGUGUUAAUACAUAUCUCACAUCCCAGAAUAGUGUGUAGUUUUGUGUUAUUUCCUUCCUUUAAGAAAGAUGAGUGAAAUGGUUUUUUUUUAACCUCGUAGAGAGCCCCCGAUUUGUGGCCAGCUAUAAUUACUUUCAGAAAGCUUUCAGUCCAGUCCAUAGAUGCGUACCUAUAUUGAUGAACUAUAUUUCCUAAAGCUCUUUUCUAAAAAGCCUCAUAAUAAAAAUUCUCAAGCAUACAAAAAAGUAGAGAAAAUAAUAUGCUAUCCACCCCCCCGCAUAUACCCAUCCCCUAGAUUUAGUAAUUAUUAGACUGCUGUAUUUUUUUUACCUAUCCCCCUUUUUUCUUUUCCACUGAAAUAUUUAAAGCCAGUCUCAGAUGUUAUGUCGUUUCUUCUCUACAAACUUUAAUAUGUACUAAAUAGCCUUGUGAACUUAGUUACAUUUAUUGAUGGAGACAGUCUCGAAAGUGUUUGUUAGCAGAAACUGCUGAUAGAAGUUGGAUUAAUUAGAAAAUUCUGCAUUAGGUGCGUGGAUUUUUGGGUUAACCUCUCUUAGAAUAGGAAUAUGAUUCAUGGAGAAAGUAUGUCUCUCUUUGCUUGGAAGUCCCUGCAUCUUUAUGACUUCAGACUCUUAUUCAGUUAGAAGAAACAUAGGAAUCAAAAGCUAGGUAGCUCCUUGAGAGAUCCUCUUUGCUUAAUCCCUGUUUAUCCCUGCUUGCCUUCUUGUCCUUAAAAACCUGAGAAACAGAGUUUUUAUUGCCUCUUUUCAUAUAUACUUG